CAAAAUCUAAUCUCCAAAACCGCCAACUCUCUCUUCUCUACAGAUUUAUCCCUUUCGAAUGCUAUAUACACCAAAUAUAUCGAUUUAAAAAUAUGCUGUGCUGACAACAUCAUCGACGAACUGGCUGAGUAACAAAUUCGAUCCGCCCCUCAUUUCGCCAACUCUCUCCCUCGAAUUCCCUUGAUUUCUCGAGUCGAAAACAACACAACGCACCACCACCAAAAUGGCCUCCAAGGCGAUGUGGGAGGUCGAUCCAGAGACCAGAAGCAAACUCGCCCAGAUAAGUAAAAAAGAUGGCGCAGGAAACGACAAGUGCUGCGACUGCGGUGCCCCUUCACCGCAGUGGGUGAGUCUUUUUUCGAGUCCCUUUCAGUCCUGAUCACGACAAACCCCCUAAUGAGACGCAUGCAGGCAUCUCCCAAAUUCUCCACCUUUAUUUGUCUGCAAUGCGCCGGUACACACCGCGGGUUGGGUGUGCACGUGUCCUUUGUCCGGUCCGUGUCGAUGGACGCCUUCAAACAAGCAGAGAUCCUACGCAUGCAGUACGGCGGUAACAAAGCGUGGCAAGACUUUUUCACAAAAAACUCCCCCAUCCCCUUCGACGAGUGCACCAUCAAAGAGCGAUACGACUGCGAAAUCGGCGAGGAGUGGAAAGAGCGGUUGAGCGCGCAGGUAGAGGAGAGGGAGUUUGAUAAAGCGGCCUUUCUCAAAGAACGACAGGCCAUCAAAGAGAAGCAGGCCAGUCGGUCGGCCACGCCCGCCGGUGGUGUUGGCAGCGGCGCUAGAAAUAGCGGCGCGAAUGGCCAGGGCCAGGGCGAUAGUCGGACAGCCUCCCCUGCGCCGGGACGAGGGCCGGGCAUAUCAGCUGAACAAAAGGCACAGAACGAGGCCUAUUUCGCAAGGAUGGGAGAGGCCAACGCUUCGAGACCAGACUCCCUCCCGCCCAGCCAAGGCGGGAAAUACGGCGGUUUUGGAAGUGCCCCGGCCGAACCGCAGUCGUCCAACGGCGGUGGUGGCAUGCCCAGUGCCGACGACUUUUCAAAAGAUCCAGUGGCCGCGUUGACCAAGGGUUUUGGCUGGUUUUCUGCAGCUGUGGGAAAGCAAGCCAAAAUCGUGAACGACUCGUAUAUCCAACCGACGGCAAAGAAUCUUGCAUCUUCAGAUAUUGCUGCACAAGCACGAACCGCGGCCAUGGUUGCCGGGAAGAACAUCCAGACCGGUGCAAAAGGUGCCGCCGAGUCAUUCAACAAGUUCGUCGAAGGUCAAGAUGAAAAGGCCAGUGCUGCCGCAGCGUCAAGAGGAGUUGAACCUGAACGUAAAGACUUUUGGGACAGUUUCGGCAUGGGCGGUGGUGGCGCCGGCGCAGGUGGUGGCGCGUCAAAAUCAUCCAGCAGCAUCGGUACGAGUGCGAUGAAGAAGACACCAGGUUCAUCACAAAAGUCCAAAGAUGACGGUUGGGGGGACGACUGGUAAGACAUGACGUCUGAUGAGAUGAAUGUUCUCUUUUUUUUCCCUGGCGGGUUGUAUAUUGAUUAUACACACCGUACGGAUUUACAGUUGCUUGAUACCCACCUACCUGCCUCAGGUAGGUAUCAACAGCAUCGUCAACAGCAAGACCGUCCUUGAAUCAAGAAACCCAAACCCCCCGGAGGAGAGGACGAGGUUGAUAUUGUUUUGUGUCAAUCAAAGGGUACUCUCACUUUUUGGACAAACUGGACGAUGCUGGGCAUGACGAGGCUGCUGGUGGUGGCGGGGGCGGUGGUGAUGGUGGUGGUGGUGUUGGUGGAUGUCAUGCCCCAGAUGGUCACUCGAUCAACAAAUCAACCAGCAAAGGGGGAGGAUAUUGGACGUUGGACGAAUGCCAUGUCAAUUACAAUACAACCAUACAAACAGUACACCUCUCUACCAAAUGCAUCUUGGGUUGCAACCAUUGCCAAAAAGCCUAAUACGAACACGAAAACAUCAACAGGUACCUACCCAUUGCAACAAAAAAAAUGUCAUUUUGUCUCUUCAGGGAUGGAGUCAUUGUCAAACAUCAGGUUGUACACCUUUGCCCGACAAGGCACCAAGUAUUGGUAUUGUUUUCUUCUUCUUUCAUUCAGCGUCAGGGGUGGGCGUCGUUGCUGUUCGCACACAAUACUUCAGAAGUAUGCGAGUUUGAAAAACGGUCCAAAUAUCAAUAUACAAGUUUUGGUAUCUCAGCAAUCUUAAAACCCUG